CGAAAAUAGGCAUGCUUCCUGCUCAAAAGGAGCCUUCUAAUUAAUUAUUUUUAAUUUUUUAUUUAAAAAUUAAAAAUAAAACUCUAAGUGUUCUACCGCUAGUUUGUGUUGGUUUGACGGGUUUGCAUUCCGCUUAUAGGAUCAGGUUUCUCGACUUUAGUUUACUUACCCUCCCCCAUAUUUCACACGAAACAGGAAAUUUGCUAACUUUUGGCAUUAUUUGUCAGAAUGUUACGUUUAACGGUUAAACAGUCAAAUGCGCUUCGUCCUAUCGUAAAUUUGGUAGGAUUUCGAGGCUUUCAUGCUAGUGCUCCUCGUGAGGCUACUUUAAAGGAAAUUGAACAGAGAUUAAAGUCCAUCCGUAACAUUGAGAAGAUCACGAAAACCAUUAAGACGGUUGCUCAGACAAAGCUGAACAGAGCUCAAAGAGCUAUGGACCUCGCUAAGAAAUACCAAUCAGUUUCCAAUGAAUUUUUUAAGGAAGCUGGAACUCAAGCUCCCAAAGAAGGGAAAACUCUUUUGAUUGCUUGUUCAAGUGACAAAGGCCUUUGCGGUGGUAUCCACUCUUCUAUCUCUCGUCUUGUCCGUAAGGAAUUGAUUGAUCCUAACGUUGAGCAAAACACUAGCAUCUGCGUUUUGGGAGAAAAGGUCCGUUCCCAAAUUCAUCGUUAUUACCCUGGUUCUCUCUAUUUAACAUUUGCUCACAUUGGUGGUACCAGUCCUUCCUAUGAAGAGGCCUUGCAAAUUUCCAGCAAUAUUUUGGAGAAUGCAAAUGAGUUUGACAGAAUUGUUAUUGUUUACAACAGAUUCGCCUCUGCCGUAUCAUUUGAAACAGUGAUGAAGAAUCUCUAUACUCGUCAAUCUAUUGCCGAAUCUCCCAACUUGUUUGCUUAUGAGACUAAGGACGAGGUGCACCAACCUUUAAUGGAGUUUGCUUUUACGAAUGCUAUAUUUGCUGCUAUGGCUGAAGCCCACUGCAGUGAAAUGUCUUCUCGUCGUAAUGCUAUGGAAAAUGCUAGCAAGAGUGCUGGUGAAAUGAUCAACAAGUUUUCCACCAUCUAUAACCGUCAACGUCAAGCCUCUAUCACUAACGAACUUAUCGAUAUUGUUACUGGUGCUAAUGCUUUGGGUUAAAUGAAACAAGGCUCUUGUGCUUUUGCAUCGCUGACACGUACGUUGGAUACAAUAUUCGGGUUUUACUCUUGCUGGCACAAAUCUGCAAUUUUUACUUUGCAAGACUAUGUAAAGUUCUGAUGUGCUUCUUUCUUUUCCAUCUUUAGCCUACGCUUAAUCACAAAAUAUGCUUUAUAUAAUUUUGAUGUCGUCGUAAAGAAAAAAAAAAAAAAAAAAAAAAAAAAAAAAAAAAAAAAAGAAAAGAAAGCUUAUGUGCUUGUGCUUGUAAGGACAUAUAUGGAUGGUAGUUAUUGAAAAAGUAUGGGCACUUUGUAAAACUACAAAUAUUAGAAAAUAUACAUACAACCAAUGAAACUUAAAAAGAAAAAAGAAAAAUCAUGUUUUAUAACAACUGAAUCGCACAUGAUAAACUUCAGAGUGAAACCGACAUGUUAUAUUUAACGCUGAAUACCAGAAAGGUUUUUUCAAAUCCAUUAUUAUAUGAGGGAGUCUAUUAGUUUCUACGGUAAAACCUAUGAAAUAGGGAAAAAAGAACAAACGCAGGAAGUGUAAGGAAAGUCUAGAGUUGAAGUGUUAUUAUGAAGAGAUGAUAAAAACCUAGAUAUGGCUUUUUUAAUAGAAAUGGUAGAAAGAAAAGAAAGAACUUAGAAUACAAAACCCAAAUCGUUUGAUAGCUAGAGAACAGGAGAAAAAAGGAAUAAAUGAAAGAAUAAGAACAGCGAAGAUACCAAGCAAUAGCAG